CGGCCGAUGACGGUGCACCCCGAGCCAAUCUCCUCAUACAACACGCGCGGACACAAAAUCAUAAUCAAUCUAGGGUUUCUUCCAGAUCGAAAAGCAUCACGUACGGUAGGCACGCCAUGGCUGCCGACGAAGACCGGCCGCUGAAGGCCGCACGCGUAGACGAAAGGGGGAGCAGGGGCUGACGCCUGACCUGCCGGAAGACGUGCCCGCCGCGUCUACAGGGCCUGGCGCGAAGUGGUCGACGCCCACCGCCUCAUGCGCGCCGACCUGCUCCCGCUCUCGUUCGCCGGCCUCUUCGUCCACUUCAUGGAGCACAAGUAUCCCGAAUUCUUCGCCCGCCCCUCCUCCUCCUCCUCGGGAGAUGCCAUCAGCGGCGACCUCAGCUUCCUGCCCUCCACCGGCCCUCGCGCCGGCACUAUAUGGGAACACUCUGAUGAUUGGCAUGGCUACAACAUCGAGGAUCACUGUAACGGGCUACUCUUGCUCAGCAAAAAUUGUGUCGUUAACCCUGCCACCCGUCAGUGGAAUGCUUUCCCGCCGUGCCCGGCCCAAGAUUGUACUAGAUGGAACAUGUGGUACUCUAGUCAUUUGGUCUAUGAUCCGAUGAUAUCCCCACACUAUGAGGUACUUAUGAUCCCAUGUUUGCGUGACAACAACGAUCGUAUAUGUGACGAAGACGAGGCAGACCUCUCCAUGGAGGAAUCCGAGUGGCCACUGUCUCCAUGCAAGAUGUAUGUGUUCUCAUCAAGGACUAGUUGUUGGGAGGACAAGUAUUUCGUCCGAGAAGGCGGUGCGGCAAGGACCGUCGGCGAGAUGCGGGUGGGUUGGCAGGAAUUCAACGAGGCUGCUGUCUAUUUUCGAAGAGCACUUUAUAUGCACUGCGGGGCUGCUUUUCUUAUGAGAAUAUCAUUGUCAGAUAAUGCAUACCGUGUAAUUAAAACACCAAUUGUUAUGAAAGUGGACGGCUCUCUAGAUAUUAAUAUAGCAAAAUCAAAAAAGGGGGUGUACCUUGUGGCAUUUGAAGAAGAUAAGUGUUUGCUUCGAGUUUGGAUCCUUAAUGAAUCAUGUGGUCAAAUGGAGUGGAUGUUGAAGGAUGACAUAGACCUUAAUCCCGUGCUAGUACGCCACCGGUUCAACCAACGAGUCCGUGGACACUGGAUCUUAGAAGAUAUUAACUACAACUGGUUUCGUUCUAUUCGUUCUCUAAAUGACUUCAAGGAAGCAUCAACUGAACAGAUAUAUGAAUGGGAUUCUGACAAUGAUGAUGUUCAAGAUUGUUAUUACCAUAAUAAAGAGAGUCAUGAUGAUAAUAAGAGCUAUGAUAUUCAGAUACUCGGAUUUCACCCCUAUAGAGAGAUUCUGUUCUUGAGUGAAUCAAGCGAGACAGGAAUCACAGGACUGGCAUAUCAUUUAAAUGGCUCGAAGAUUGAAGUCUUAGGAAAUAUAUGCCCAAAGGGUUAUUCGUAUUUCAACAUGAAUGAUGACAUACAAUACUUCAUGUCUUCUCCUUACACCCCAUGUUGGACUGGAGAGUUCCCUCCGAAGAACUAGUUCAGCUCUUGUACGGGCUUAUGUGAGUUGAUAUCGAUUUGAGCUACA